AUGAACGGGUUGCGACUUGUACUCGACCGCGUCCGGGACUCGCCCCACUCUCGUCAAAACUCGAUCGACCUUGAGCCAUCGAGCGCAGCUAUGCCUUCAGUACGAGUUAGACGCAGCGUGGCCGACUAUUCUGCCCUCCCGGAAAGCACUGGUCGUUCUGGGGGCAAGCCAAGAAGGGGCCUGACCGGACUGUUUCAACGCACUCAUCCUCCUGACCCAUUACCCCCGACUCGCAAUGAUGGAGCCCAAGCUAGGCCCCGAGCGCUGACGAGCGAGAGCCAGAGGGGUGCGGAACGAGAUCGCCCGACGUCGGUGGUGCAUCAGUAUUGUACCCAAGCUCGACGAGCGAGUGUUUCUCGACCAAGGCAAAAUUCUCGGCCGCUCGCUGAAAUCGCUAGGCCCGCUUCACCCGUAGAUAUUGGCGGAGGAAAGGAGAGGUCACCGGUCAUUGCAACUGGCUCGGUGGUCAGCCAUGGCCAGGAGGGGUUAUCGUUGGAUCUCGUAAUGGAGCCAGAGGAUAUGCGUGGCGCCGUUGGAAGUGCUCUCAGCUUGCAUUCGCGGGAUCACAUACCCCCAGGAUCAACAUUGACCGAGCCUGAACUUCACCACCAUGACGACGUAGUGGAGCAUCUGUCUGUCAUUGACAAUCACAUCUCGACCGUAUCUAAUCUCUCCAAUGUCUCCAAUACUAUUAUUAUUCCCAACCUCCCCAUCUACAACCGUCGACCGGUCGUUACGCUCCCCACUCUUACCGAAGAAGAUGGUACUGCCGAGAAGGGCAAAGCUACCAAGGACAAUCUCGAUCGGCAUGUUGAAGAUGUCCUCACCAAUCGACGAAAGAUUAAGCGCGCUCUCACUGGGUUUUGGGACUAUGUCAAGACCCCCAUGGGCUUUAUAUCCUUUGUUUACGGAUUUCUAUGCGCAUUUUGGGGCGCUGCUAUUGUCAUUUUCCUUGCCAAGAUUAUCAAUCUCCAUAAUGAAGACCGGCAAGGCUUCUGGGUAGAGAUUAGUUCGCAAAUCGAAAACGCUCUUUUCACUGUUACUGGCGUCGGACUCAUCCCUUGGCGUGUUAUCGAUACAUACCGAAUUGCUAAAAUCUGGCACUACCGUCAAGUUACUAGACGCCUUAGGCGCAAUGCCAAGUUGCCAGCGCUUAUUGAUGGAAACGACCUCCCAGACCCAGUCUACAACCCAAACUAUGUGCACGUCUUGUCCGAUAGGCAGCAGAAAGACCUACACUACCAACAACAAAAAUUCAUGGCUAGUCAGACAUGGUACCGGCCACAUGAGACUGAGACGCACAAGGCCUUCCCAAUCAAGACGGCUCUGUUUAUUUGUUUAUUCAUCGACUUCAACUCGGUCUUCCAGUGUAUGCUGUGUGGAUGCAUGUGGGGCUUGAACCGCUUCGAACGCCCAGCAUGGACAACCGGAACACUCAUUCCUGCCUCUUUCCUCUGCGGUAUCGCGGCCGGUGUGCUCAUCUGGCGAGGCGGAAACCAAACAAAGAAGGUCAAAGAAGUCGAACAACGUCUACGGGAGGCACUCGACAUGGAGUCUCGGGGAGUUGGAAUCGCUGGAUACACUAGUGCACACGAUCAGCCUACCGGCGAAGAAUUUGCGGUAAUCACUCGACCGGGGGAAGCCGUUGAUUCUUCCAACAACGUACCCGUCAACCCAAGUGGAGUAGGAGGUAGCGUCGGUACCGCCGGAAGUGUCGGAAACGCCGCUCUAAACGCCGUCCGAACGCCCAUUGGCCACCUUGCGAAUCGGGACCCGGCGGUAUUGGUACCCGCCGCGCCCCAACCCGUCGUCUCGGGUGUAUCCCCUCAUCCGGGUUUGGUUGAGCGCGAACCCCGAGCGACGAGUGUGAGGUCGUUGAGCUCGGAGGACGGAACUAUGGAAGAUAGCGAGAAAAUGACAGAAAGCGAGAACAGCCUUGGGAAAGCUCGCCAGGGUGGUAACCCCAGCGAGAACGGAGGAACGUCGACUGCGCCUGUCACCCCUGUCGUUGGCGCAGACAAGUUACCAUUGCUCGACCAGAAAAGGCAGUAG